AUGGCCAGGGCAGAGUGCUCUCUGCUCACAACCCCAGGCCCCAGCCCAGAUCCUGGCAACAGUGAGGCAGAGCUGGACUGCAGUUUUAAUGAGGAGUUCAAGUUCAUUCUGCUGCCUGUGAGCUACACAGUUGUCUUUCUGUUGGGUCUUGGCCUCAACACCCUGACUCUCUGGCUCUUCUUCUUUCGCCUCUGACCCUGGGAUGCAACAGCCACCUACAUGUUCCAUUUGGCCUUGUCAGAUACUUUGUACGUGCUGUCACUACCUACCCUCAUCUACUACUAUGCGGCCCGCAACCACUGGCCCUUUGGUACUGGGCUCUGCAAGUUUAUCCGAUUUCUUUUCUAUUGGAACCUCUACUGCAGUGUCCUUUUCCUCACCUGCAUCAGUGUGCACUGCUACCUGGGCAUCUGCCACCCACUGCGGGCACUGCGCUAGGGCUGCCCUCGCUUUGCAGGCCUUCUCUGCCUGGUGGUUUGGUUGGUCUCAGCCGGCUGCCUGGUGCCCAACCUGUUCUUUGUCACAACCAGCACCAAAAAGGAUCCCCUCCUGUGCCAUGACACCACUCGGCCUGAGGAGUUUGACCACUAUGUGCACUUCAGCUCGGCAAUCAUGGGGUUGCUCUUUGGAGUGCCCUGUCUAGUCACUCUUGUCUGCUAGGGGCUCAUGGCCCGGCACCUGUAUCGCCGGUUGCCAAGGGCCACCCGAUUAUCUUCUCGUCUGUGUUCUCUCUGCACCAUCGUUGUGACUGUCUUUGCUGUCUGCUUCAUGCCUUUCCACAUCACCCGCACCAUUUAUUACACAUCAAGACUGUUGGAAGCUGACUGCUGGGUGCUGAACAUUCUCAGCGUGGUCUACAAAGUGACUCGGCCUCUAGCCAGUGCCAACAGCUGCCUGGAUCCUGUGCUCUACCUGCUCACUGGGGACAAGUAGUGAUGUGAGCUCUGGCAGCUUUGCAGUUGUGGGGGGCGCCAGCCCCCCAUGACUGCCUCCUCCCUGGCACUGGUGUCCCUGCCUGAGGAUAGUGGCUGCAUGUGGACAUCCACUCACUGUGGCUUCCCUGCUCCUAGGGCAAGUAGACCGUUAACUCUGGGAGCCAGUAAGUGA